GUGAUGGCUGGCAACACUGCUGUGCUGCGCUGUCACGUCCCCUCUUUUGUCAGGGAUUACGUCGCCGUCACGUCAUGGUUACGUGGUACGCGCGAUCGCAUUGUCACCGAUAUAGACACAGGCGGGAGGUACUCGGUAUUCUCGUCAGGGGAGCUGCACAUCCGCCAGGUGCAGCCGUCCGACGGAGUGCUGGCCUACCGCUGCGAGACGCGACACCUGCUGACGGGCGAGCACCGCCUCAGCGCAGUCGCGGGCAGGCUGCUCGUGACGUCACCGCAGAAUUCGGUGCCGCCACGUAUCACGGAUUCGCGGAGCCAUGUUCAGGCCCACUACCGCCAGCCGGUCGAGCUGCCGUGCGCUGCACAGGGCUUCCCGCUGCCAUCCUACAUCUGGUUCCGCAGCUACGGAGGGUCGAGCUCGCCAGUGGCGCUGGGAGAGCGCAUCCGACAAGUGGGCGGCAGCCUCUUCCUACGCAGCGCACACAUCGAGGACUCCGGCCGCUACAUGUGCGUAGUCAACAACACUGUGGGCGCGGAGCGCGCCUCCACCUCGCUGCUCGUCACCACGCCGCUGUCUGCGUACAUCAGCCCUCAGCAACAGACGGUGGACGUGGGCCGUGCCGCGCAGCUCAACUGCACCACGGAGGGGCAUCCGCAGCUGGCCGUUUCCUGGCUCAAGGAUGGCCACCCGCUCACCACUUCCUCAAGAGUACGACUCGUCGCACCACAGAUUUUGAGAAUUGAGCAUGUGGAGAGGUCGGAUAAAGGCAUGUACCAGUGCGUCGUGUCCAACAACGACGAGACAGCUCAGGGAACAGCUGAACUGAGACUGGGCGACGUGGCGCCGGUGCUGGUGGCGACAUUCGCAGGCGGCACGCUGCGGCCGGGCGCCGCCUGGUCGGCGCAGUGCGAGGCCGCCGGCUCGCCGCUGCCCACGCUCUCCUGGCAGCGUGACGGCGCGCCGCUCAGCUCCGACGAGCAGCGCCUGCAGGUUGGUUUCUGCGCUGCCUACCCAACAGCUCAGUCGGCUCUCAGCCGUGGCAGCGUGAAGACGGCCCCGCGCGCCGGCCAGUGCUCCGCUGCCGGCGUUGUGUACUUCCGCGUCGUAGAUUUAAGGCUUGUGUCCGUCCACCGUGAACAUGUCGAGCGCUUACCGCCGUGCGACCCUUAA